GUAUCAGCACAUUAAUUCCUAUAUUUGUCGAUCUUGAACGCACAUAAUUGAACUCUAUUGCUGUCAGUUGAACGAUGAAUUAUGUCAAUGUGAAGUACUGUUGUGUAUUUUCAGGGGAUAGUUUUGCAACUGACUUCGACCGAUUGUCGGAUAUAUGCCUAAAUGCUUAAUAUCACACAAUAUUCGAAAUUAAUAUUAUAACGAGUUCACUUUGGACGGAUUCCAUUUUGCGCAUAAUUCAACAUGAGAAACUCGUGGUCUAACCACAAGCUGUAUCAAUCGCUGUGCAGAAAGAAAACGUUCACUGAUGAAGUCGAACCAGGAAAACAAAAGUUGAAACGUGUGUUGAAUAUCUUUGACUUGACCGCUCUGGGCAUUGGCGCCACGUUAGGAUGUGGCGUAUACGUGUUGGCAGGGACGGUAGCCAAAUCUAUCGCUGGACCAGCCGUAGUAUUAUCUUUCAUCGUAGCGGCGAUCGUCUCAUCGUUUUCAGGAGUUUGUUACGCUGAAUUCGCUGGCCGUGUACCCAAAGCUGGAUCUGCAUAUAUUUAUAGUUAUGUGACUGUCGGAGAAUUUAUUGCGUUUUUUAUUGGUUGGACUUUGUACAUCGAACACACUAUUGGUACAGCUUCUGUCGCCAAAGCAAUGACUAAUUAUUUAGAUGCUUUACUUGGAGACCCUCAAAAAAGAUAUUUUAAAAAACAUCUUCCUAUCCAUGUGGAUUUUUUGGGCGAAUAUCCAGAUUUCGCAUCAUUUUUUUUCGUCAUAUUUAUUGCGUUAAUUGUGGCUUGGGGUGUUAAGAAAUCUUCGACCCUCAAUAAAGUGUUUACCGCGUUGAACUUAUUGACUUUGGCUACAGUAGUGGCUAGUGGUUUUUUUUUGGGUAAACUAUCCAAUUGGAAUAUUCCAAAAAGUGAAAUUCCACCCGGAGUGGAUGGCGGCAAUGGAGGAUUUUCACCAUUCGGUUGGAAGGGAAUAAUCGCAGGCGCUGCUAGAUGUUUUUACGGGUUUAUUGGAUUCGAUUCUAUCGCAACUACAGGCGAAGAGACCAAAGAUCCAAAAAAAACCAUUCCUUUGGCGAUCGUAUUAUCGUUGUUCUUCGUCACGUUGGCAUACUCUAGCGUAGCGUCGGUGUUAACUUUGAUGUGGCCUUAUUAUGAUCAAGACCCGGACGCACCUCUACCAGUUAUUUAUGCGAACAUGGGAAUGCCAAUCAUCAAAUACAUGGUUACCUGCGGUGCAGUGUUUGCUCUGAUGACAACCUUGUUGGGGUGUUUGUUUCCUAUACCGCGAAUCUUAUACGCCAUGUCCAGCGACGGUCUUUUGUUCAAGUGUUUGUCGAGGGUCAACGAAAAAACCAAAACUCCCGUUUUAGCGACAAUGAUUUGCGGAGUCGGCACCGGUUUGUUGUCGUCUAUGUUCAAUCUCGAACAACUCGUCGAGAUGACGUCUAUCGGCACGCUCAUGUCCUAUCUGAUGGUCUGCGUCUGCAUAUUGAUACUCAGGUAUAAAAACAACAAUACGGACGGUCAGGACUUGGACAACUCCGAAGUUCAUAUACUUUACAAGUGGUGGAAUGCAUCGAACACAGGACUGAUCAACUCGGAUUCUCAAUACGUGUCGAGAGUUCUGAUACUUUCUUACACGUUUGCCGCGUUUGUGUUUUGCAUUUGUAUGACGAACGUUGAUGGUUGCGAAGGUCCUUUGCAUUUAUUGUUGACUAUCGUAAUCGGAAUUUCGAUCGCAUUCUUAUUGAUUUCCUUGUUAAUGUUAUGUAGACUACCACAAGCUGUCGAAAGUCUAUCAUUUAGAGUACCAUUCGUUCCUCUAGUGCCAUGUUUGAGUAUACUUCUUAAUUUAUACCUAAUGAUGGAGUUGAAUGUCAAGACUUGGAUGAGAUUUGGUGUUGGUAUUAUAGUAGGAUUAUUGAUAUAUGCUUUUUAUGGAGUUCACAAUAGUUUGGAAGGAUAUAAACAACGAGCAAUUAAUGAUAAAAACCACAAACAAGAAACGAAAAUCUCUAACUGAUUUUUUGCAUAAUAAAAUAAAU